AUGGCUAGCGGCUUGCGGAUUCUGGUGCCCAUCAAGCGGGUGAUCGACUAUGCGGUCAAGCCCCGCGUCAACAAGGCGCAGACCGGCGUUGAAACAGUCGGCUUCAAGCACUCUCUGAACCCAUUCGACGAGCUCUCGAUCGAGGAAGCCGUGCGGCUGCGCGAGCGCAAGGGCCCGCUCAAGGUGGAAAACAUCCUGGCCCUGUCCGCCGGUGGCCCCAAGACCCCCGAUGUCCUGCGCACCGCCAUGGCUAUGGGCGCCGACCGGGCUUUCCACAUCGAUAUCCCCGAGGCCGGCGAUGGCGGCCCCGAGCAGCUCACUAUCGCCAAGAUGCUGAAGGGCGUUGUUGAGAAGGAGAACAUCAACCUCGUGCUCCUGGGCAAGCAGGCGAUUGACGGUGACCAGGGCCAGACCGGCCAGAUGCUGGCGGGUCUGCUGGGGUGGCCGCAGGCUACCCAGGCCAGCAAGGUUGAAGUCAAGGAUGAGGCUGGUACGGUCGAGAUCACCCACGAGGUGGAUGGGGGUGUCGAGACUCUUCGCGCCAAGCUGCCCAUGAUCAUCACCACCGAUCUGCGGUUGAACCAGCCCCGCUACGCUAGUCUGCCCAACAUCAUGAAGGCGAAAAAGAAGUCUCUGGAGAAGAAGACCCUGGCCGAUUUUGGCGUCGAGGAUACCCGUCGGUUGAAGACUAUCAAGGUCACCGAGCCUCCAGCCCGCCAGGGUGGCGGCAAGGUUGAGGAUGUCGAUGGGCUCGUCUCCAAGCUGAAGGAGCUUGGUGCGCUGUAG